AUGGCAGAGGUGGAACGAUCUUGGACGGAUCAGCAAUUGCAAAGUGAUGAAGUCUCUAAGAAAGAUAUCAUCAAGUUUUUGCAUGAACAUGCUUCGUUUGAGGUAUUAGAAACUUAUUUUUGUUGUCUAUGUUUUUUUACCCAGUUUCGAACCAAGUUUGUCGACGUGGCUCUGUUUUCUUUUUUUUACGAUCGGAAACAAUAACCCAUUGGAGCACUUCGCAAAGAGAAGGGGUUUUCGAUCUCUGCCUUGUGGGAGUCUUAAUCGAUGUACAUUGCAUUCGGUAUGGCACUGGAAAUGUUAGCGCUUUUCUACAGGAAAGUUAGCUUCUCUGAAAUUUUAAUGGAGAGUAGAAAAGUGAUACCUUUUGGUCUGAAACCGUAUCUCACACCUUUCAUUCACGUGCACAAAACCGCGUGUGAAAUUGCGUGCAGAAAUGAGUAUUAAUGAUGUGCUCCAAUGUAUUUAGAUAUCAAUUAACUCUCCACAGAAAAUAUAAGAGCUCCAAAUUUGGUAAAAUAGAAUUUGACUGCAAAAAAUAAGCCUCUUAAUUUGAAUGGUCUUUCGUUGGGUAGAAUUCUGCCUCAAACCCCACCCAUUACACACCCCCUAGUCCUCUUUUAUGUGGCUAGUAGGGGACGCUAUGGAAAUACACAUUUAUUUUUAUUUUGAAUUGCCUUCUUUGAUUUUUAGUUUCUCAAAGAGCACAAACUGAAUGGGAAAUUGAACAAUAUUGCAAAAACCAGCAAAAAGGAUCACCUCAUUGAAAGUUAUAAACAACUUUUUGAAACAAAGGUGAGUUUUUUACAUCCUUACAAGUGACAAUAUUGAAUGAAAUUAUGGUAUUAUGAUGGUUCCCUCAUGAUGUAAUGGCUUCCAUUAUGAGUCAUUGUAUUUUGACCACAUACUUCUACAGUAUUGUUCUGUAAGCACUGAGGUUGACUGCGUUUGCUUCAAGUUAUUAUGCAUCAUACUCUAUUGUGAUUGGCAGCUUGCGAUCCUCAUUGUUUUACCAAAUUAUUCUCCCAGCGUUCUUCUGCCUGAGGGUUCUCUUGUUGAGUUUUUGAUUUGUUACAUUCAUACUUGUGGAAAUUUUUUUUACAGUGUUUUGAAUGAGGUCCUUAGUAUGUAGAUUGCCGUUUUAAAUCAACUCUCUUAUAUUCUGUAGUCAGCUUAAACAGUUGUGUGAUUGUAUGCCCUUAUAAAACUGAGAUCUAUCAUCCUUCUACUCUCAAGAUCUAAUUGUUACUUCUCUCCUCUAUCUGCUACACAUUUCCCUAUAAAUUUGUUAGAAGAAUCAGGCGAUAGAUCAAGAUUAAGACUCACAAUGCUUUCUUCAUAUUUUAGUCUUACCGCAAGGAAACUGAUGCCAGCUUGGAAGACCAGUUAAAAGAGGCAGCUGAGAAAACAGCAGCCAUGCAUAUCAGUGAGAAGAAGAAGGAGAGAAAGAGUUCAGAAUCAAAGGAUUCAAAGAAAGAGGUUAAAAUUUUAACUUUUCAUUGUGAUCUAUAACUGACUUUCAAUCUAUAAUUUUACCAGUUUCUAGUGUUGUGGGGGAGUAAUAUUAGUCCUCAGUCACCAAAACUGCAGAAUUAAGGCUGACAAUGUCCAAUGGCUUGAAUCAAAAUUUCUCCCAGAAGUUUUCAAGGCACCACACCCAACUGAGCUGUCAGCUAUGUGUCAGGAGCAAGGCAAAUUUUAAUCCCAAGCCUUAAAGUAUACAGAUUUUUUUUCGUGCUUUGAUGCAUAAGCACUACAUUUCCUUUCUAGGACAAAAGAGAUAAUUUUUUUCUUUCCACCCUUUAACUCCCAGAUCAAAUUUGUAAUUCUCUUUACUGUCAAUCAUACAAUUCUUAUAAUCUUAGUUGAGAGAAUUUAGUAUUGGAUCAACUAAUUAUCCCCAAAUUGAUAUUUUUCUUUAUUCUCAUUACUUAUCUGGUUGAUAUUGUACUGAUAUUGUAAGGAGAAAUUCUGUCUUGGUCACUAAUUGGAGUUAAAGGGUUAAUAGUUUACUAUCCUUUAACCCCCAAGAGUGACUGACAUCUAAUCUCAUCUCACAGUAUCAAUGCUGAAUCAAACAUUAAGGUCAUGAGAAUAAAUGAAAUGAUUUUUAGCUAAAGAAGCUCUUGACUGUUUGAUAAAUUUUCCUUGUUAAUACCAUAGGAAAUAUAUGGAGAAAAGUGUGGACCGGUGUCAGGGUGUAAAGGUUAAAACUUAAUGUGAAGAUUGACUGCGGUAUCAAAUUAACAUUUCAUCUUUGUAGGAGCCAAAAUUCUCCAAGAAAAUCUUGAAGCAUGGAGAUAAAACUUCAUUUGCCUCUAAAGGUGACAGAGUGUCUUGUUUCUAUACUGGCAAACUGGAAAAUGGUGUGGUGUUUGACAGCAAUAUCUCAGGAGCAGGUAGUAUACACUUCUACCUUGUAGUUUAUUCUACACAAAUAUUUUACUGUAUAAUUCUGUUUAUUACAGUUCUUAGAGGUACUUUUGAAGGAAUGAUUGGAAAGAACAUGUCUCUUAGGAACAUCCUAAAUGAUAUGCAAAGCUCAGGUCUACGCUCAAAGCAGUUAGGGAUAUGUUGGCAUUUCUUUUUCUUGGUCUUUUGACCCAUCCCUCUUUAGAGUGUUCUUUGGAUAAAGAAGGCAAUGAUGAAUGAUUGCUUUAAAUUUCUGAUAAUUUAAUGUGGCUCUGAAUUGUGUAAUGGAUGAAAGUAUUGUCUGUGUUUCUAAUCAAGGUUUGAUUUUUUUUUCUUUCAAUCAUUGUUGGAAUUUCAUGGCAGGAGCUAAAAAGAAGAGCCAGGGAGAGGGGAAACCAUUUAUUUUCCAAGUAGGGAAGGGACUUGUGAUUCGAGGGGUGAGUAUAGGUAUUUACAAAGCUGAUUGCUUAUAGAAUAUUUUAGGUUGAAUUCCAGAAGUAUUUUCCAUAGACGACAAAAUGAGGAUGAAAAAUUGGUUGAAUUGAACACAAUAAACAGAUGAUGAAAGAGGUUUGAAUUGCACAGAGCUGAAAACUGGAUUGAGAUUAAUUCUUAACAAAGAAUUAAUCUCAACCCAGUUUCCAACAUAAGGAGGAACCAAUGAUUUCUCUUAUUUUGAACCCAAGCUAAGAGCAGGUAAAGACAAGGCACUGAUACUUGUUUAGCCAAUUGAAAAAAGUAUUUAUAAACUUAUAUAGCUCAUGCUGCAUGAUGUCAUAAUCGCAUUUGUGUAAAUAUUAGAUGUUAAAUAGUUUUUAAAAGUGGACUGGCCUGGUUGUUUGAAUGGUGGAUAAUGCUAUCCACGGGAUAAAUUUCUGUCUGGUGGAUAGCACAGUAUGUUUCCUUAGUGCUGAUGUGCUUAUCUGUUGGAUAGUGUUAUCUGCCCUUUGAACAACUGGACACUGUUCUUUACCCUAUGGGAGACCCAUUUGUUUCAGUUUGUUGUCAGUGUUCUCUGUCAUUUGGUUUUUCACAGUCUCUUUGACAUACAGUGAUUACCCUUAAAAUAAAGAAUGCUAAGUAAGUAAAAGUAAAGCCUUUAUAUGGGCCUAAGUGGCCCAUGGGGCAGGUGCUUAACUCCGGUUUUCUUAGCAUGAAGCGGCUAGGAGUAUUGCUACUCCCCCCUGGAUGGGAUACUAGUCCAUCCCAGGGUUACCCCCAGCACAUUCGCUGGUACCCAUUUGUACACCUGGGUGAAGAGAAGCACUGUAAGAUUAAAGUGUCCUGCCUAAGAACACAACACAAUGACCCCAGCCAAGGCUCAAACCCGGACCACCCAAUCCGGAGUCAAGCGCACUAACCAUGAGGCCACCGCGCCUCCACAAAGAAUGCUAACUUCCGAUCAAUUGUCACAAGCAUUUUUUUUUUUUUGAGAAUAUUACUAUGUGAAUAGUAACAGUAAUUAUAGUAAUAAUUUGGAGAAUACUGCUGCAUGUCAUAGCCUUCAAUUAACAAAUUUGGGAUUUCUCAAUUGCAUGUGUAGUGGGAUGAAGGCCUCAUGACAAUGUCCAAAGGUGAGAAGGCAGAACUCACUAUUGAGCCAGAGUGGGGAUAUGGAAAGAAAGGAAACAUUGAUGCCAAGUAUCCUUUGUUAACACUUGAAAUUAAGAUAGUAAUUUUGUGAUACAAAUUCUCAGAACAAGUUUUAUGAGAAAUGGAUGGAAGGCUGAAAGGAGAAUUAAUAUUGAGAUCCAGCCUCUGUUAAUAUUGUGAUGAAAAUUUCCUUAACUCAGACAAAGUAUUCCACCACAAUCAAAACUCAUCUUUGAGGUCGAGCUUGUUGAUAUCAUAUGAAGUUGUAAAACUUGGGCUGGAACAGAAGGAAAAGGAACAGAGUGAAGGCAACCUUGGGCAUAUUAAGAUGACAUGUAAUCUAGCUGGUAGUGGCACUAGCUUUUUUGUCCCGUCAAGUUUUAGAUGUUUCCUGUCAGCUCCUCUUGAAGCUUCAGAGAGGAACUACAGAGAGACUGUAGAGGGACUGUAAACAGAGUGAUGCUUGGACCUUUAUACACCCCACCACCCCUCCCCCCACCCCCCUUUAAGUGAAGUCUAGUCAAAAUUGAAAAAGCAAUCGAGGGUGAAUUUAGAAAUUGAGACUCAAUAUUUCCACAGAAUGAAAUGAAUUCAAUUUUGAAUCCACUACAUUUAAUGUGAUUACACAAAGACAUAGAAGAAAACUAAUUUCUACUGCUCAUACCAGUUCACAGGAACCCUAGUCAUGUAGCACUUACAUUACUUGUCAUCUUACAUACAGUAAAUCAAGAAAAUAAACUUUGGAGUCUUUUUCAUUCAUCAUAAAUAUGCAAUCACUGACAAGUGUUGCUGCCAGAUAAUAUAAUGCAUUUUUUCAAUCAGACAUGCUUCUUUAUCAUGAAAUAAUAGAAAAAAAUUAAAAGAAGACAGAAUUAUCCAACGUAAGUUUUCUUUGUUCCCAACAUGAUUCUUAAUAGCUUAGUCGCACCUAGAUGAUUCCCGAGAAGCAAGAGUUUGAAUCCUGUCGAAGUCUAGAGCUUCAAUUCUUUUCAGAAAUUUCUUUAUUUGCAGGUCACUUGUGAGGAUUUUGUCUCAGUUAGAAUUACUCCUUUGUGUGGGGUGGAGUGCUAUUAAUAUCCUCAGAUCCUGUUACGUUCACUACGGAAAAAGGGGAGUUCUUGUCUGCUGUUUCCAUGUGUAGAACACUGUUUAUUUUUUAAAAAAUAGAUUAGAUUGAGGAGUAAGACCUCUUUGUCUCAAUAAAGCGUACUCCUGUGAACCCUUAAAUAAAAGAAAGGAAAGGAGGUUUCUGAGGAGAAACAGUAUCUUGUACUCGUCACCCUCGACGUGUUGCGUUGUACGACAAAAUUAAUAUCAACAAAUUUAAAUUACUACAGACCGCGUGCUUGUCGCACGUUGUCAUAGAGCAAUUGUAUUAACUGUGGGGGUGGGCAGGGGGGCAUGAAAUCUUAGUCAAAAAGUGAAAGUAAAUACCUGUCCUGACAUUUCACCAUAUCUACUUGGAAAAAUUUGCAAAAUAAUUUCUACGAAACCGAAUUCAGAAACGGAAAUUAGUUUGAAAAUUCAAGAUUUAUCGACCAACAAAGAUGUACCAUCUGUGACUUUCCCCGUGGGGUAUGUUCCUCGCCGCCUGACUUUGCCCAAACUCGUCCCUUUGAAGUUCCUUUAAACGCGGGUCUGACGGCGGGCCCCCACACACGAUGUAAUCUUCGUCUUUUUCGCGUAACUUUGGCUUACUACAUGACAGAAACUACAGAGGAAAUUAUUUAUGGGGUAAGAUACAGUGUUUUUUCAUCGACUAUUCAUUCAAGUACGAUUACAAACGGGAAAUUUCGAACUCUUUCGCCUUUUGAUUUCAUUUCGUCCCAAAUUGUAGCUUGUUUUUGGAGUAACACGCUUUUUCUUCAAAGUGAAAGAGGUUUCUCUCAGGUUUAAACUUGUAUUUGAAUAAUUUGAUUGGUUGUAAUGACCUAAUCGCCGAAAAUCUCAGAGACUUGUUCUAUUUUCUACACUUGGUCAGCCAAAUAUAACGUUAACACUGCAUAGCCUUGCGCUGGUGCUGUCUCGUUUGCACCGAUAUCUGAUGAUGAGUAAUUAAAACACACAAUACAGUUUUCUCUUCAUUUAUAACCAUUGCACUCGAAAUGCUACCAUAAUCACGAGAAUAUCGUUAAAUUCAAUGUUUUAAAAGAUUUGGGAAGGAAUUCGGGGUAAAAAGUGAGUUGAAUUUCGUCAAAUCGCAUUUCCCCAGGGGGUCAUUUAAUCACAUCACCAAAAGAUUUCUAGGAGAUACAAAUUAGCAUUUCAACAGCUGUUUCUCUUGUAUAGCUUCAAAUUAAAAUGAAACUAAUUUUGAUCAGAACCUUUUAAUAUUUCACCAUUUUGAAAGAAUAUUUGGUGAAACAUAAAGAACAAACUGAAGUGAAGUUAUUUGUAGAAUUAAUUAUUGUUUAUCUUUUUCUUUGUAUCUUCCUUCUAAAUUGUGGAUGAUUUCUGAAAAAAAUUUGAGAAGUGUCAACAGCUUUCAAGGAGUUAUUUCAAGGAUUCAGUUAAGUUAGGUUAUACCACAACAAAAUUCACUUUAACGAUUGAAAGUAGUUUGUACACUUUUCAAAAUUUAACCAAAGCCUUUAUAGCCCAAUCAUAUACCACUGACAGUGAAUUUUCGGCAUUAUCAAGGUUUCCCGAUUGGCUUAUAUCUAGUAGAGUCCAGGAUAUAACAUCCUAUUAACCGCGAAGCUUUGGUGAAUACAAAUCUUGUCAUGCGAUAGAGGUUAUUUGGGAGCCGUAGAGAUAGUUUAUGUGCUGCAGCACCAACUGUGUUUAAUUAGAAGAAGACUUCAGUAUUACAGUGGUCAUUGAUGUUGAUCGAUGAAUAAUUAAUAUUGUCAUAUGACCGUUUUGUCCCCACUCAUACCAUCCUUUAGAAAACCUUGAUGGAAACUGAUGCAUGUAGGGCUGGACAGGUUGACAUGAGCCAGUUUGGAGAAUGCCAUCUGGUCCAAAACUAGGAAAGCUGUGUUGCAAAAAACAUCAGAAUGAGUAAUGAGAGAAUAAUUCAUUUGUCAUUUUUGAAAAAUGAAGAAUUAGUUUGUAUUCUAGAAUAUUUUAUAUAAUUGUCCCACUUGUGCCUGUCAUUUGCAUCCUAUUUCAGUUGAAACAAACUCUUCAAAUUUUCAUCACAUAGUUGUCAUAUAAUAAGUGCUUAUUGACUGAAUUCAGUGGGGCCAGACAUGGAAAUAUUUGGCUGGCGGUCAUGACCUCACUGUGCUUGGUCUGUUCAUUAUGACCUUGAACCAAAAUAAUUUCCUGUUGGGCCCUCCCACAAUAAGUGCUUAUUUUUAAUCUUUAGAGAGUCGCGGAAUCAUCUUUUCUCAGAGGAAUUAAAAUCAUUUCACUCUUUUGCUUACAAUGCAUGGAUUGUUAUAUUCAUAUUUGAAGAGAAAGGGAUUUUUUCACUUGAUUGUAUUGUAUUCUAAAAAAAAGCAUCGACGGAAAUAGCAUAAUUUUUUUUCAUCAAUCAAUACAUGCAAUUGUAAUAUUCUCAUUAACUUCAUUAAGUCAUAGGUUCAAAUUCCAAUUGAGUUUCUUUGUCCUUAUUUGCUGUUUACUCACUGCAAACCAUUCUUUAAAAAAUCAAAUGAAAUUUUGUUGUGUAGGAUUUAUGGCCAAGUGAGAGAUCUCCUGGGCAAAAUGGUAACACUUACUUGAAAAAAUAGUUUGGACUUAAAUAAUGGUAAUGUCGUGAGUGGAUUUAAGAAAACAACAAUUUCAUCAGAUGUCAUAAUUGGUAAAAUGAGCUCUUUCUUUCAAAUUGACUGUCUGAAAGAAAUAUUUUCCUCUUUCUAAUACUUCCUUCUUUAUAGAGGAAUUACUGGUUACAGCAUUAUACUGAAGCUUUGACCUAGUAUUGAAUGUCUCACAAUUUUCCACAUUACCCAUGUAUUACUUGUAAAAGGCUUUCUGGAUAUAUUCUAUAUACAAGGCUAAAGGGUUAAAAAAUUAAAAUGUUUAAACCAAACAUUUUCGGCUGUUUGCCGUCAUCAGGGUUAAAAAGAUGACUGUCCACACAUACAUAUAUAUCUUAUGUAAUUCCCGAUGGGAAAAGUUUGGAGACAUAAGAAAUAACUUGUUUGUUCAAACUGGGGCGGAAUUGUUGGAUCAUUAGUCCCUCGACAAUCCUACGCUUGUGGAAUAUUUGUGCUGAGGAGAGAACACGCUAAGUGAAAGAAUGUGAUGGGUUUUCCCGCAGGUGUUUUGAAGGUUCAGAGGUGUGAGCAGAAUUUGAAUGCUCCGCAAUUCGUACUGCUAAGUUUCUCACAGUCUCGCCAAUGUAAUCAACGCCACAAGAGCAAUCACCUUUGUAAACAACUUUCUGGAUGUUAAUUUAGUUUCCAGUUACUGUAUCUUUAAUUCAAAAGUUCUAGAAAUUGUGCAUCUGGGAAUUUUAUUUUAUUUUAAAACAUGUUAAUGAGAGAUUGCAUUGUUUACUAGACAUCUUACCAAAAUUUAUGAUGAUCACAGCUUUCUAAGAGAAAACAGUCAUUUGUGCAUCAUUUUUAUUUUGGACAAAAGUGAAUUUAAAGGACAGUCUCUAUGAUUUUGAUAGUAUUGCUAAUGAUUGUUGUAUAAUUUUCAUCCUGAAGUUAUUUAUUCACAAAAACGCAAUAUUUUAAGAGUGAUAUUUCUCCAAAAUCAAGAAAAAAUAACUUUUAAUUAGCAUUAAACUGUUUUGUUAGAGGUACAUGUCCACAGUAUUUGUUAAUUUGAUAUUUAUGUGCAUGAAAGCUGAAAAGACAUGAUUACAGUGUCUGUAGAUAGCAUUUGAAAACAUUAAAAGUUUUAAUUUGUAGUCUUAAGAACAAUCAGUUUGGGGUUAUGAAUGAAUGUAAGGUAAAUCUCCCAUCAUAAAAUGUGAAAGGUUUAAUUUACGUCACAUUGCACAACCUUUCUUACAGGACCUUAAAUUAUACAAUGCAGAACUGAACAAACACUUCAAUUUCAUUAGAAUGCAACACAGUUUAAGGACUGCCCACAGAUUUCUUGCACUUGAUAAUAACAUGGCCUUAUUAGAUCAUUUCAUCUCUUCACAAUGAUGAAAAUUCACUCAAUGUAAAUAAAUUAAGCUACCCAUAAUGGUAUUAUAGUUAUUAUUAUGCUCACAUUAUAUCCACUGACCAAAGUCCUACUUGUGCAAUGUGCUUAAAUGGUAUUUCAAGCAUUUUAAAAAUGAACCUGAGAAGAUUAUGGACUGAAUGAAAACCAGGAAUAUCCAACCUAGUCCCAUUGGAUGUUUGUUAAUUUCACAGAAAUUUAUUAUCAGCUGUAAUAAACCUUUUUUUCAUUGAAAACAUUCAACACUGACCAUUUAAUAAAUUCACAGAUAUGGUUAUCAAUUGUUUGUCAUUAGCAAGAGGAAAACAACAUGUAAUAUAGCUAUAUCUAUUUAUUCUUCUUGUUCUGUUUGGAAGGUGAAGUUUAAUUUUCUUUGUCUUCUAUAAAUUGGCAAGAAUGAUAAUUGUAUAUUAUUUUGAGGUCUAUAUUUCUUGAAUUUUGUUCUUUUAUUCAGAAAAAAAAGUAUACAGUACAAUCUUGUACUUCAGGUUUGAAGAAAUAAAGAAUUAAGUUUUUUUGAAAUUUUUUUAAAUUCUGUGAUUGUCAGAGAAUGAAUCAUGGAAACUGGAAUGUGUUUAUUGCAAGAAAUGAUCUUCUUGAGUCUUUGUUUGUGUUAGAAUAAGAAAUAAGGUAAAUUUUGAGCUGCUGGACUUCUAUAAAUCGGCAAGAAUGAUAAUUGUAUAUUAUUUUGAGGUCUAUAUUUCUUGAAUUUUGUUCUUUUGUUCAGAAGAAAAAAGCAUACAGUAUAAUCUUGUAAUUCAGGUUUAAAGAAAUAAUGAAUGAAGUUUUUUGAAAUUUUGUUGAAUUCUGUGAUUGUUAGAGAAUGAUUCAUGGAAACUGGUAUGUGUCUAUUGCAAGAAAUGAUAUUCUGGAGUCUUUGUUUGUAAUUAGGUUAAGAAAUAUGGUAAAUUUUGAGCUGCUUGGUGAAGAAAUAGAGAAAACAGGUUUUUCUGUCUUGUCACAAGUACAGAACAAAGAGAAAAUUCUGAAUCCCCCAUUACUGGGUCUUCCUUUUUUGUUCUUAUUUUGUCUUAUGUAUUAAUUUGUUUCCUUUUUUUUUUCAUGAUAGGAUGGGAAUUAUGGGGAACACAAGGUAAAGCGACUCAAAUCUGUAAAAGAUGAAGGUAUGACAUCCAGUAACAAUGACGACAUAGACACCAUUUAUGGUGCGCUGGUAGUUCUUGGGUAAGUCUAGUCAGUCCAAUGUGUUAGUAUUAAGAAGAGUUCUUUUGAAAGUUUUCAAAGAAAUUCUUUCAACAUGUGAUCUCUUUUUUAUGUUGUGGUGGUAAUGUGUUGUUGUGUAAUUCUUGGUCAGUUACAAUGGUUCUCUGCUGGAUGGAGAACGCCAGCGACGUCACCGAAGCUCGUUUAUUUUGCGAAAGAAAGGAUCCCCCUCAGGAGUGCAACCCUACAAAUUGCACCUGGCUUCUUCUAACACUGGAAUGCAGGUGUGUGCAGAUUAUGGUCACAACUGUACCAAUCGUUGUUUUUUUUUUUAUCCUGAGGGGUGCCACAGGGUUGCAAGUUUUUUUGAGAAAUUGUUUGACGGUUUUCGCGGUGACUCAGCUAAGUAACAGCCAGUUGUAGAAAAGUAUUAAAGAAAGAAAUUGAUGUAAUUUAAAAUAGAGUAAAUGGCGUACUUUAUUUGUCUGUUCACUUAAUAUGUGUGUAUGUAUGUGAUAAGGAGACUAGGCAAAGUGCCAUGGAAUUUGCAAAAUAUCCACUUGUAUUGUAUGUCAAACCAUCUAAUGAGGUGUAUGUGCUUGUUAUAGCAGUGAAAAAGUUAAUAUACUUUUAUCAAUGUUGUAACCAUUAAAUAAAUCUGUUUCCUAAUAAUGGAUUAAACUUGUCAUGGUUUAUAAGUUUCUCUUCAUUCAAAUUAGUCUGUGUAGUACAUGAUCCAUAUGCAUGCUUGAUAAUUAACUACAUACGUACGUGUACUGUCAGAUAUCUUAAUAUCACAGGUAAAUGAGUGAUUGAAUUUUUAGCUUAAGUUGAUGCUAAUGAGUGGUUAAACCAAACAGAUUGUAAAUUCUGAAGCCCAUAGUGUCUCGUACACUCUCUCCCGUGGUAAUGCAGUUGUUGUUGAGUAUCGGAGGGAUUCAGAUACUGAUAUGUUUCAGGUAUGAAUUUGUCCUCUUGCUGUCUCUAUGAAAUUGAUUUUCAUAUAUUUUUUUGUCUUGAGAAUUGUCCACACAACACCUUCUAGUCUUUUACGCCCUUGCCCACACUGAAAGCUUGUAAAAACUCUUAUGUAACUUGUUCUUGUUUACCAAACUUCAAAUUUGUCUUUCUUCUGAAGUCCUUCCCCUUUUUUUUUUUUUUUUUUUUUUUUUUUUUUUCAGAGUUAGAGAAUUUUAAUGACAAUUUUCAGAAAUGGGUGUAGUUGAGAAUUGUUAUUGAAAUGAAGAUCAUUUUUCUUUUGCACUUAAACUCAAGGCUGAGGAAGCUGAAAAUUAAUCAUAGAAAUAUAAAUUCAAGAAAUUAUGAAAGUUAAAUGUACUGGUAAUCACAAAACAAAGUGACAUUUACCUUUACAGUGGAACAAUGUGAGUCACUGAGGAAGAGAUUUGCUGCCAUUUGGAGAAAUCUUGCAUCAUAUAGUUGAAUGUUUACAUUCCAUUUGAGGAUUAUCAUAGCUGGAUGAACAGUAUCAAACUUAGUUUUUGUUGAAUAUUUAAUCUGAGAGGCUUUUUUUCACAGAUUGGCCGUUCUGCUGAUUCUAAGAUAGACUUUGUGGUAACUGACACAGCUCCUGGAAAUAAACGUCGUGAUUUGAACCCAGAAACGCAGAAAAGUACCAUCUCCAGAUAUGCUUGUCGCAUUGUCAUUGAUAGAGAACCACCGUACACUGCUAGGGUGUUUGCAGCUGGUUUUGAUAAAUCUAGCAAUAUAUUUCUUGGAGUAAGUUCACAAUUCUUCACUUUUUCAAAAGAUACAUCAGUAAUUUUUUAAAAAAUAUUUAUUUAAAAACAAAAAUUGACCAUUUUUUUUAAAAUUUACUCUAAAACUUAAAUUAUUAGGAUGCUAAGAAUACAAGAUCAUACAGAAUUACCUGACUGUUUAUCUUUAUGAAUGCAAGCUAAGAAAACUGUGUUGAAGAGUCGUGUAAUUUUUAACUCAAGGCCUAUUGCCAAACCUCUUUAAAAAAUGUAUUUGCAAACUAAAGAAAAUGUUUCUUUUUCUCGGUUUUGAUUUGUUCCAUUUGGGCUUUGUAUAUUUUUGUUAUUUCUUCCCAGAAUAUAUUUAAAUUGUGUUAUGGCAUUUAAGUUAAAAAGUUCCAUGAAAAAAAGGAGACUUGCCUUUCUUUAUUAUUUUUCUUGAAAGUUUUUACCAUUAUGGCUUGACUUUGUUUACUGGAUCUAGUUCCUGACUGAAAAUGAAACAUAAUGACCUUAGAUUUUUUUGAGUGAAGCCCACAAAAAAUUGCUGCUUACCUGUUGACUUCAAAGUUCCCAAAAUUAUUCUUUUAAAAAACCCAUAUGAUCUUCCCUUCCUUAUAGGGGAUGCUUUGGCCCCGUGAGUGCAAGUCUUUUAUAAUGUGCUGGAUUUUGAAUGAACUGCUUGCAAAGUGUAAAUGCAGAAAAGUGUUUUUGUUGUUGUUGUUGUUGUUUUUUUCUCAAGCUGUUACAUUGUGAUUUUUAUCAAAAGGAAAAAGCUCCCAAGUGGCAAAAUGAAGAAAAUUUAAUGGAUGGUCUGACGACCAAUGGCAUUCUGCUCAUGAAUCCCAAGGGAGGUCCUUCUUGCCAGCCCACAAUAUGGCGUGAAAUAUCAGUAUGUGGGAAUGUGUAUGGACUUCGUAGAACACGAUCCACCACUGAGAAAGGGAAGACUGUAAGUUUCAGGUGUUUGCUGUACUAAAUAACAGGUCUUUGUUUAUUGUGAUGGUGGUAUCAGUUUUGGCCAAUCAGCAUAAAAAGAUUAAAAGACUGAUGGGAUGCUACCUAAUUACAUGUAGGUUACAUGUGUACACCAGGCAGGAGUUUAUUGCAGUUUCCAUUGUACAAGGUGUCUGUAGUAUUGUCACUUUAUGACCCACCCAUCUCCCCCCUCUUCAAAGACAGACUGUCAUCUAAUUUUUCCUCACAAUAUCACCUCUGAAUUAUACAUUAAGGUCACAAGAACAAAAGGAAAUGAUCACCAACUUAAGAAGCUCUUGAUUGUUAAACAAAUUCUCCUUGUCACCACUUUAGGAAAUGUAUGGAGAACAGUAUGGAGAAUAUGCAUGCUGAUCUCAGGUUGUAUAGGGUUGAUAACACUUACAAUACUUGUUUAGGUCGAAGAUGAGUCCAAUGUUUUACUUGAUGGAUCAUUGAUUGAUCUUUGUGGAGCUGUUUUGCUGUGGAGAUCCGCUGAAGCUAUAAAGGAAAUGCCUGUAUGUCUUUCUAUCAUUUGUUUCACAAUAUUUCUGGACCUUGUAUUCAAUUUUUGCAGCAUAACUUCAUUUAGGAAACACUUCUUAAAAUUGGGGAAAAAAAGUUGCCUUCAUAGAGGUGUUGAUAUCCUUCAAUCAAGCUAACAGAUGAUGGGUAGAUAGCAACAUUUUUUCAGCUGUAGCAAAAUUUUUUUUUCCUUGGAGGUGUUCCCUGAAUGUGAUUGUUCCAUCACUGAGGUAUCACGAUAUUUACCUUUGGAUAUUUUGAUCUCUGCAUAUUUCAUUCAUUUGGAGCCAUCAAUUAACAUGAGCCUAGCUGGACUUAAUAAUAAGUUUUGAAUCUAGGACUUGAUUAGUACUCAUUCCAUAUAAUCUUUAACAAAGAAGUUCUUUGAAAUUAAAUUUCUCAUAAUUUUUAUAUGUUUUAUGACAACUCUGUUUAGGAGCAGAUUUUCUAAGGGGUUUCCACUCAGUACAUUUAAUUACAGACAUAAACAUUUACUUUGGAGGAAAACAAUUAAACAACUGAGACUUAUUUGUUUGUUAAAAUUUGUAGACCCUGGAAACAAUUGACAAAAUGAGGGAAUGCCUAAAUGCCUCUCGCCCUCAGUGUCCUGUUGGUCUCACAACAUUAAGAUUUCCCAGUCAAUCUGAGGUAAGAUUGAAUUUUUCCUUAGUUGGUUGUUAUUAAAUCUCCAUUGCAGCAGUUUUCCAGUUUUAAUUUAUUUUUAUUUAUGCAAUUUUUUUUUUGGGGGGGGGGUGGGUACUAUGACAUGCAACACUUACCCCAAUCCUAAGGGGCUUACAAUGAGUAUCUGUCAGUUCCAGAGGAAAUGUAUCAUACUGAUGAAAGGAUGUAAAGGGUUAAUGUGAUGUCACAAGUAGUGAACAAAUUUAAGUGAGGAUUCAAACUGCAAGCUUAAAAAUUAACCAUCUUUCUCAUUUCUUCUCUAUUGGAGAAACUUUGUUCUUGCUGAUCAGAGCAGUAUGCCAGACUCUUGUUAUGUACAAACAAAUGUGUGGCCUCCCUUGCCGGUGAAUUCCUUCAUUCACUGUAGUGGUGAGCAUCUGGCAGCAAAAUAAAGGAAUAAGUGGGGCUCAAAACCUCAUGUGGAAAUGACAUGGCUCCUGUUGUUAAAUGCAAUUACUAGGUAACUCUGACCAGUAUUAUUUCCUUGGUUUCAGCCCUCUAGCAGUGUGACCAAUGCACAGCCAUAUGUGUACCUCAAGUGUGGGCAUGUACAUGGUCUUCAUUCAUGGAAUUCACCGGAGAGAAAUCUUGCUGACAAAAGAACCUGUCCAGUUUGUUUACAGGUGAGAACAUAGUACAUCACUAUGCUUUUGACUCUAAGAGCAGAAGAAGAACUAACUUCCACUACAAGACCAAAGAAAUAUUAUUUCAUGGAAUUAUGAUGAAAUUCAGAGGAGAAUUCUGAAGGGUAAAUUUAAGAACAUUUUAAUGCAGUUGACGUUUUACUUCCAUGAGUUCACAAGUCAGAAUUUCUCAUUACAAUAUCAAUACAGUAUCAAGCACACAAGUGAUGAGAAUAAAGAAAAAUAUCAAUUAAAGGUUUAUUGCUGGUAGUUGAUCCAAAACCAAUUUCUCCAAACUAACUUUAUAAGAACGGUAUGGCAUGGUACAGUAAGAAGAAUCAACUACGAGAUCUUGGGAGUGAAAGGGACUUAUUGGGCUCUUUUGGUCAGUGCAGACUUCUGUGGAACAUCGCAACUAUAUUGCACCAGAUCUCAAGAAGUUUUUGUGGCAGUCAUUUUUCACUCUUGAGGGCUUGUAGUGGUUGUUGCAAGGGUUCCCCUACCCCACCCUCAGACUCAUGAUUUUCAUCCACUGAUGUAGUCAUUUUUAAGGGUGCCUGGAAUACUGGCUCUCGGCUGGGUUUUGAGGAUUUGCCAACCUGGGGUGGGAGGGGGGAAAUAUUCUAUCUGGUGGCUGGCUGACCACUGGAAAACUCUUGAAACCAUGCAUCUAACUUACAUUUAAGCUUGCCAGUAUUAAACAACUUAGAUAAUUUCCAUUGCUUUAUCAGGCCAGCUCUUAUGUGCCACUAACUCUUGGAAAAGAACCGGCUUUCUAUCAGGGAGAGCCUGCAGCUACACAUGCUUUUGUGCCAUGUGGACAUGUUUGCUCUGAGGAAACAGUCAGGUAAGGCUCCCCGUCCUACUAGAAUGAGUUACCUUAACAUUUUCACACUCAAGAUCAGUAUCCUCUGGUUGAUAUGUAUUUUCAUUCUCAUCACCCUCUCUGCCUGAAAAUGAGUUGAUAGUUUAGGGAGAAAUUCUUUAUUGGUCCUUUUCUGUUGCCGCUGAAAGAGUUAGAUUUAUCGUUCCGUGGUCAGACUUCCACCUUAAGACUUUUCCUAAGCUAUUUGAUAAAGACAAUGGUUUAAAAUCCAGUUCACAGUCUGUAAAGUCAGACUAUGUACAACAAAAAAUUAUUAAUCACACUUAUCAAGUUGAUAGGGAAGUCUUUUCCCAUAUGAGACACUUUGUCAGCCAAAAUAUUGACAUAACCCUUAUCCCUCAAAGAGCAAUCAAAAGGAUUUUCCCCUUGCAAUGCCAUUAUAUUCUAAAGCAGGGAAGAGGUGAGAAGAAAGACAAACCUUGGCAAGGGGACUUUUGCUUGACUGACCACCAAAUUCUCAGAGCUGAAAUUGUGAGAAAUGUAUAACAGAUGGGUAAAGAGUUGAUAUUUUGAUCUAGGAGGUUAAAGAGGUCAGCAGAUGCUUAGGAACUUUUAACUUUUCACAGAUAACAUCAGUGUAUCCUGUUCAUGAGGGAGAAUUGAUAGCAAAGGGAUGUUCUUUUUUCUUCUUUUGAUUCAGGUUUUGGCAACAAUUGCCCAUUCCUCAUGGAUGUGAUGCCUUUCAGGCCAUCUGUCCUUUCUGCGCUCAGCCCCUGGAGAGUGAAGAUGGCUUUGUCAAACUUAUCUUCUCAACUGAUGAAUAACAUUGUAAAUAAAAGAUCUCUAAAAAAAAAGUAUAACAAUAAAUGGUGUACAGCAUCACUGUAGCAUUUAGUCUCUAUUGACAUUAGCUUGCCUAAGUUGAUAACUGAUUAAUUUAUUUAUAAAAAAAUAGCUGAAGAUGUAUUAUUGUAAUUAUUAUUAUUAUAACUUGUCAGCUGUCUCUUUUCUGUUUGGAUGCAGCGA